AUGACAGUGGCCAAGACCUGGGAGACAGUCCGUGACGCGAAGCAGGCGGAGCGCGAGAAACGCAUUCCCGCCGAGUGGAGGCUCAAGGAGCUGCCCAAGGGCACCAACGUGAUGGACGUGCCGCGCACGUGCGGCAUCCUCUCCGACCGCGAGAUCGAGAUCACUGAGUCCUGCGCCAAGGACCUCGUCCAGGCCAUGGUCGACAAGAAGUACACCUCUGAGGAGGUGACGACUGCGUUCUGCAAGCGCGCCGCGAUCGCGCAGCAGCUGACGAACUGCCUGACGGAGAUCUUCUUCGACGAGGGCAUUGCCGCCGCCCGCGCCAUCGACGAGGAGUACGCGCGCACCGGCAAGCCGCGGGGUAUGCUGCACGGUCUCCCGAUCUCGCUCAAGGACAACAUCGGUUACAUCGGGUACGACAGCAGUGUCGGCUUCGUCAACCAGUGCGGCAACCCCGCGACCGAGGACGCCGACAGCGUUGUGUCGCUGCGCCGCGCCGGUGCCGUCUUCUACUGCAAGACCAACGUGCCCACCGCCAUGCUCAUGGCUGACUCGUACAACAAUGUCUGGGGCCACACCGGCAACCCGUACAACACCGAGUUCGGUGCCGGCGGCUCGUCGGGCGGCGAGGGCGCUCUGCUCGCUCUCCGCGGCUCUCCCCUCGGCAUCGGCAGCGACAUUGGCGGGUCCAUCCGUAUCCCCGCCGCGAUCUGUGGCAUCUACGGCCUGAAGCCGGCCUAUGGCCGUUUCAGCUCUCACGGUGCGCGCUCCGGCCAGCCAGGCCAGGAGACGAUCAAGGCUGUGAACGGCCCGAUGAGCCCCGACUUUAGCUCGCUCGAGCUCUUCACCCGCGCCAUCCUCGAGGACAAGCAGUGGGAGCGCGACCCGUGGACGUGGCCCAUCCCCUUCCGCGAGGAGAAGCUGCCCGAGAAGCUUUCGUGUGCUCGAGGAGCAGGCGCGCGCCCGCGCGCCCUCAUCGCCGCCGGACACGAGGUGCUCGAGUACGUGCCGUACGACGUUGCGACCGGACGCGCGACGACGUGGGCGCUGCUGCUCGGCGACGGCGGCUUCCUCAUGCGCAAGCAGGUCGUUGACGCUCCCAUCCCCGAGCCGUGGCCCAAGGACUUGGAGAUGUUCGAGGAGCGCUACCUGGCGCUCAAGGACACGCCGCCAACAAUCACGCAGCUGUGGGAGCGCCAGCUGAACCGCUCCAACUACCUGCGCAAGUUCAUGGAGGACUGGGACGCGACCCGCAAGCGCACCGGCACCGGCCGGCCGAUCGACUGCGUCAUUGGCGGCGUGUACCCGGCCCCCGCUAGCCCCAAGCUCGACUUUGUCAUCGGCGCCAACUACACCAUGCUCUGGAACGUGGCCGACUUCUGCGGCGUCGCGUACCGUGCUGGCUUCUCGCGCGCCGACGACGAGAUCAAGCAGAUGCCGACCGACUGGCGCAAUGCCGACGAGGAGAGGCUCUGGAAGCAGUACGACACGAAGCGUCUCGAGGGCAUGCCGGUCGGCCUCCAGCUGCUCCUGCCCAGGCACCACGAGGAGAAGGCGCUCAAGCUGACUGGCGUCGCGAUCGAUGCGCUGAACAAGGCUCAGAAGUAA